AUGCCCCCUAAGGCCGCUGAGAAGAAGCCCUCCACCGGUGGCAAGGCCCCCGUUGGCGGCAAGGCUCCUGCUGAGAAGAAGGAGGCUGGCAAGAAGACUGCCACCGCUGCCACUGGCGAGAAGAAGAAGCGCGGCAAGACCCGCAAGGAGACCUACUCUUCUUACAUCUACAAGGUCCUCAAGCAGGUCCACCCCGACACUGGUAUCUCCACUCGUGCCAUGUCCAUCCUGAACUCCUUCGUCAACGACAUCUUCGAGCGUGUCGCUACCGAGGCCUCCAAGCUUGCUGCUUACAACAAGAAGUCCACCAUCUCCUCCCGAGAGAUUCAGACCUCUGUGCGUCUCAUCCUCCCCGGUGAGCUGGCCAAGCACGCCGUCUCCGAGGGCACCAAGGCUGUGACCAAGUACUCUUCUUCCGCCAAAUAA